CAACCCCUAGCAACGGUUAUGACAUACAAUUUUGUCAAUAAAACGUCAAGUUCAUUAACUUCUGUGUACACAGGCAUUAAUUUGGUUUAUUAUUUCUGAAUUUGUUAAAGAGUUUUAUGAAGAUAUGGCUGGAAUCAACAGGCCGAUGAGUCAAAUGAGAAAAAUAGAAACGGAAGCCCAGUUGGAAAGCUCGGUGAUUCCUGCAGUAGAAAGGAAACCUCUCGCUGGCUUACUAACAAAUCAAAGUGUGGAGAAGAAGGAGCUCGUGGAACUGCUUUUCCAGGAUAUUGUGCGACCUUCGGGGGUCAGUUGGGACGACAUAGUGGGCUUGGAGUCGGCGAAAGCCUUAUUGAUGGAAUCCGUCAUUUACCCCGUAAGGGAAAUCGAUCCAGCAAUGCUCAGGAGGUUGGAGAAGCGCAUCUACAUACCUUUACCAGACUUCAAGGCGCGAGUACAGCUGUUUGAGAAGUUCCUCAGCUCGAAGACUAUAGAGCUGUAUCCGAAGGUGGACUUCCAGGAGUUGGCGGCGAAGACUGAAGGCUACUCCGGCAGCGACAUCAAGCUGGUCUGCAAGGAGGCUUUAAUGUCUGCCGUGAGGAAGAUUCUGCCCAACAUGCUUGAUAAAGGUUGCCAAGCUAAUCGGAAGGACAGACUGAAUAUAUCGGAUAUCUUGACGGCCAUAGAGAAGACGAAGCCGAUAUCGAAAAAUUUUACGAAAAAACACGAACAAUGGCAAAGUGAAAUGGGAUGCUCGUAGGAACUACUUUUUUUACAUUGGAGAUAUUAUAUAUAAAGUAUCAGAGGUGUCGUGUGUACUAUGUUACAGUUUCAUAUUUGUUUUGCUGUUUUUAAGUACUGGGAUGGGAAUUUACUAUUGGUAUUGCGCAUCCUAGCAAUUAAUGAUUCCAGAUGUUCUUCUACAAACAAGAAGUCUUCUUAUUAAUAGAAAAAAUAUAGGUAUAGAUAUUCUGAAAUGCGUGAAACAUGUUGCAGACUGCCCCUACAACUACAUGCAGCGGUACAACUGCGUACAGUCUGCCGCAGCAUUCUGCACUGCAAAAACUGUUAUGCCCCAUUAGAAUAGCUGCUAAUUUUUAUCGUACUGAUUAUUUCAUUGUUAUUUAUUUGUCGGAUAAAGUAUCUAUUAUUUUAGCUACAGUUUUUUUUAAUUUAUUUAUUUUAUUAUAAACAGUAGUUACAAUUUUAUAUUUAUUUAUUUUAUUUGUUUUUUUUUAUUUACGUGCAUCACAAUAAGUGGUAUUAUACGAUAACUUCUCUAUUUUAUUAACUCCAUAAACAAAAAAUACAACCAGAUAUUUAUUUUUUAUUUUUUAGUUCCAUUUUCGAUUUCGAAGUCGUUUUUUUUUAUUUCAUCCAUUUUAGUAAAAAUUGGUUAGUCCAAGUAAACAAUAACACAAUUGACGGAGACUUCGGUGAACAUACAUAAAAAACAUCGUGCGUGCCUUUGAAAUUUGAAGGUUUCCCUCGAUUUCCCCGGAUUCCACCAUCAGAUCCUGACUUGGCUGAAUGGGACAACCUCGGAAGUGCAUUCUUUCGAAUAAAAAAAGAAUUUUGCAAAUCGGUCCACAAUUGACGGAGAAAUUGGUGAACAUAUAUAAAAAAAAAAAGAAAUAUACAGUCGAACACAAAACCUCCUUCCUUCUUUUUUGAAGUCGGUUAAAAAAACUCAAAUAAUAUUCUCCAACGAAAGAUCCUGCAUGACAUGACAUAUGAGUCGUAUAGUAUCAAAGG